AUGCAUUGUUCCAGUAACUAUUAUGUCAUCGAGGUCCCAGACCCGCUCAAGGACUAUCAAAAGACCUUCAAAGUAUAUUGGAAUGUGCCGACAAUGCAAUGCAAAUCGAAAAAAAUACCGUUCGACGGUCUAUACGAGAAAUACGGCAUAAUACAGAAUAAGGAUGACGAUUUUUUAGGCGAGAGCGUCGCCAUUUUGUAUGACCCUGGAAAGUUUCCCGCGCUUUUCGAGACUGACAGCAGUGGAAAGUACGUUGAGCGUAAUGGUGGCGUACCACAAGACGGUAAUAUGGAAGAGCACGUGGACGCGUUCAAGGAUACAGUCUCAAAGAGGAUACCUGACCCAGAUUUUAACGGCAUUGCCAUAAUCGAUUUCGAGUCUUGGCGUCCAGUGUUUCGACAGAAUUUCGGCGUACUGUCAGUCUAUAAAGACAUCUCCUACAAGAAGGAAUAUGACAAGCAUUGGUGGUGGCCUGAGAGCUGGGUCACUUCUGAGGCAAAAUAUCGUUUCGAAUCAUCGGCUCGUGAGUUUAUGCAGACGACGAUUUCCAUCGCCAAGCAGAUGAGGCCUAAAGCCCGGUGGGGCUAUUACGGGUUUCCUUACUGCUUCAACAUGGCUGCCAAAAACAUGGCAGAGGAUUGUCCACACAACGUCAAAGAAGAGAAUAAUCAAAUCUACUGGCUCUGGGCUGAAAGCACAGGCCUCUACCCUUCAAUCUACAGCUCACAGAGCCUGUCAUCGUCGGAACUGGUUUCCCUUAUCAGAGGACGAAUCCGAGAAGCCGAGAGGCUGCAGGUGAAGGGAACCCCGAUACUUCCCUACUUCUGGUAUCGUUACAGAGAUGGAGGGUUCUUGAGAGAGAGAGACUUAUCGAGGGCAUUGGAAACUAUAUAUAACUCGGAGGCCUCCGGUAUUAUUAUUUGGGGAAGUUCGAGCGAUGUCAACACUGUAGAGAAAUGUACAAAACUAAAAGACUACAUAAGUGAGACUUUCGGACCAUACGUUGCCAAAUACACUAAAAACAAUCGGAAAGUUCAAAACGACGAAGAAUUCACAUCGAAGCCCGCGAUUGAGGAAAAUUAUUUUUUUCCCCUUCAGGCAAAUAUAGAAGACUUCGCCGAAGAGAGUCAAAGUGAGAGUAAUAUAAUGAAAGAAACUCCAGUAUUAGAUAAAGAAUAUUUAAUUGAUAAUUUAACUAGCAUCAUUUUUAAGGUCAAUGGUGAUAAAGUUAAGGACAAAUACAUUCUAAAUAAUAUUUCGUCUCCAGCGAUGACAGAGGCGACAUCUACUACAGAUCUAAGUAUGACUGAAAUACGUGAGACUAGUGAAGAAUUUACUACAGAAACAUCAAAUACAACUAACCUCUCUUUGGAAUUUAUUUUUUCGUCUGAAAUAACUACUGAAGCUGCGGAAACAACAACCGAAAAAAGUAUAGACGCGUCCGAAGAGAAAAUAAUGAUAAACGAUGAAUUUAUCAUUUUAUUCACAAAUCUAUCAUCACAAAUUUUAGAUUUUACAACCGAUAAUAUCGAGAAACAUUUAGAUUUAUAUGAACCCAGUACAAGUAGUCGUGAAAGAACGAGUGAGUCGCCAGACUUUUACACUCCGACAGAAUCUGUCGACGAAGUUGUUAGCUAUAUUUAUAACUCAUAA